AUGACUCUGUCCCGUGCACUCCACUGCUCAUCUCUCCUCGUUACGGCGCUGCUGUUCAUUUUCCCUUCAUCUGCAGCAGAGCCGCCUGCUCUCUUCAUCUUUGGAGACUCCCUUGUUGAUGCAGGCAACAAUGACUACCUCGUGACCCUUUCCAAGGCCAACGCACAACCAUAUGGCGUCGAUUUUGGAUUCUCCGGUGGCAAGCCAACCGGAAGGUUCACAAAUGGCAUGACCAUUUCAGAUAUCAUGGGUGAAUCCCUGGGGCAGAAAUCUCUUCCUCCACCCUUCUUGGCCCCGAACUCAAGUGCUGCAAUGACCAACAGCGGGAUCAACUAUGGCUCUGGUUCUUCUGGCAUAUUUGAUGAUACUGGUUCUUUUUAUAUUGGAAGAAUUCCGCUAGGACAGCAAAUAAGCUACUUCGAAAAGACCAGAUCACAGAUACGGGAGACGAUGGAUGAAGAAGCUGCAACAUAUUUCUUCAAGAAGGCACUCUUUAUUUUAGCAGCAGGAUCCAAUGACAUCCUGGAGUAUCUGUCACCUUCAGUGCCGUUCUUUGGACGAGAGAAGCCUGAUCCAUCACAUUUCCAGGAUGCAUUGGUUUCCAACCUGACAUUUUAUCUGAAGAGGCUAAAUGAACUGGGGGCUAGAAAGUUUGUUGUGUCCGAUGUUGGGCCGCUCGGUUGUAUACCGUACGUUCGUGCUCUGGAGUUCAUGCCAGCAAGGGAGUGUUCAGCAUCAGCGAACCGAGUCACUGAAGGUUACAACAAGAAACUGAAGAGGAUGGUCGAGAAGAUGAACCAGGAGAUGGGUCCGGAGAGUAAAUUUGUGUACACAGACACGUACAAGAUCGUUAUGGAGAUCAUUCAGAACUACCGCCAAUAUGGUUUCGAUGACGCGCUGGACCCCUGCUGCGGCGGCAGCUUCCCGCCGUUUCUCUGCAUUGGCGUCGCCAACUCCAGCUCCUCGCUGUGCAGUGACCGCUCCAAGUACGUGUUCUGGGAUGCAUUCCACCCGACUGAAGCCGCCAACCUCAUCGUCGCCAGCAAACUUCUCGAUGGCGACGCGGCUGCGGCUUGGCCUAUCAAUGUCCGCGAGCUGUCCCAGUACGAGCACAAAUGA